CCCAGUUUGGCCUUGAACUCACUAUGUAUCGAAGGAUGACCUGAAAUCUUAAUCCUCCUGCCUUUUCCUUCUUUCUCAUGUGCUGAGAGACUACAGGCCUAAUUCAGAUUCUGGGAGAGACCUGAUAGGGAUAAAGAAGGAUUCUCCCGGUGUAAAAGAUUCCUGACUCAUCUCUGACUCCCUCUGCCUCUGCCCCUCCACCUCUACCCCCCAGAUGGCUUUGUCCAGCAGCCGCAGAUUCAGGAAUCCCAAGACUCUGGCUUUCUUUCUAGCGGGUGUGACUUUCGUGAUGCUGAGCCAGUGGCUCCUUCAGGAGCACACGCAGGAGAGAGCCAAGGGUCCCGAGGCCACUCCCCAGUCUUCCACAGCUAUAGCUGCGGUGCAGCGCUCGCCGCUCCUCCAGGUGCCCCCCUGCGUGGCCAACGCCUCAGUGAACCUCCUGGCUGGCUUCCAGCAGCUGCCCUCUAGGAUCCAAGACUUCCUGCGCUACCGCCACUGCCGCCGCUUCCCGCAACUGUGGGACACGCCGCACAAGUGCGCGGGCCCCCGCGGCGUCUUCCUGCUGCUAGCCGUGAAGUCGUCCCCUGCGCACUACGAGCGGCGCGAGCUGAUCCGGCGCACGUGGGGUCAGGAGCGCAGCUACAGAGGCCGGCAGGUGCGUCGCCUCUUCCUGGUGGGGACCUCCCCUCCCGAGGAGGCGGCUCGCGAGCCUCAGCUGGCCGAUCUGCUGAACCUGGAGGCGCGCGAGCACGGCGACAUGUUGCAGUGGGACUUCAGUGACACCUUCCUCAACCUCACACUCAAGCACCUGCACCUGCUGGACUGGACAGCGGAGCACUGCCAGGGCGUGAGCUUCCUGCUCAGCUGCGAUGACGACGUCUUCGUGCACACGCCCAACGUGCUGAGCUUCCUGGAGACGCAGUCCCCCGAGCACCACCUCUUUACCGGGCAGCUCAUGGCAGGUUCUGUGCCCAUCCGCGAAAGCUGGAGCAAGUACUUCGUGCCCCAACAGCUCUUCUCUGGCGUAGCCUACCCUGUGUACUGCAGCGGCGGCGGCUUCCUUCUGUCCCGCCGCACAGCCCACGACCUGCGCAGCGCGGCACACCACGUCCCGCUCUUCCCCAUCGACGAUGCCUACAUGGGCAUGUGUCUGCAGCAGGCCGGCCUGGCGCCCAGCAGCCACGAGGGCAUCCGGCCCUUCGGCGUGCGGCUGCCCGGUGCGCAGCGCUCAUCCUUCGACCCCUGCUUGUACCGCGAGCUGCUGCUGGUGCACCGCUUCUCGCCUUAUGAGAUGCUGCUCAUGUGGAAGGCGCUACACAACCCGGCGCUGCACUGUAGCCACAGACACGAUGCAGGGUCUCCCAAGGCCAGAGGAGAGCUGAAAUCCCAUGCACACUGAUGCCACCUUGAGGACGGAUCUGGAAAACACUACAUCCUAGUGCAUGUUCCUGCCCUCAACUUCAGGGGAUUUUGAUCCUAUUGGUCAGGAAUGGCUUCAAACAUGUAGGUGGCGUUUUUCUUGUUUUAAGCCGACUCCAAGACCUCUGGGAUGAGAAUAUCUAUCUGUUCAUCCUCAUACACCAGCCUUCCAGGGCAUCUGUCUUCUAUCCUCCAUUCUUCGUGGGCAGCAAGAGAGGCAUGGCGGCCAAGAUCAAUGUCAGCUGUCAAAUGCAGCGCAAUUACGAAUGAUCAUUUCCACUGUUUGCUCCUCCAAUGAAUAGAGCUCCCAGAGGUCAGUUUACACUCAGAACUAAAGGCAGCCUCGCUUCCACUGUGCUCCAGGACUCUGUGGGGUCAGUAAAAGACAAAGGUCCUUAAGGGCAGCAGAGGGAGACACCAUUGUAGCCAUCUUUCUGUAGCCCUGACUGUGAAAUCCCCGUAGCUAUAGCUUUGUCUCCCCAAUACUUUAGGAAGUGCACAUAUGAGAGGACAGUGACCACCUGUCUGUGAGAACAUUAUAUUAGUUUCCUGUUGCUGCUAUAACAAAUCCUCACUAACUUUCGAAACCUAGGAACAAGCCCACUUAUCUUGUAGUUGUCUGACAACACAAGUCUCAUAAGGCUAACGUCAAGGUGUUGGCAAAACUGCUUUCUUUCCUAGUAUUCUAUAGGGGAGAAGCCUCCCCCCCCCCAUUCCCUAGCUUCUAGAGGGAGAGGUUCUUCACCUUCAAAACCAGCAAUGCUACAUUUCCCCACAGCCAAAUUUCUCUCAAUCUUCUUUCUCC